AUGGUUGAUUCAGCGUGUGCUCACGGAAACCGUUACUGCUGGGAUCGCUCCGAUUCGAACCAACAGCAUUGCUCAUACUCUUUAACUUCACCUUCUGGCUUGCUGAUUCCGGCAACUGUAGUCCGUGCUUGUUCGAUUACCAUCUUUCACGCAACCGGGCAGUGCAUUGGGCUUCGGGUGUUGACCUCGCUGCUGGCAGAGCGCACCCCAAGUGGUAUUGGUGGCACUACCGCCAAGCACAACUUGCCUGGAAUCGUCGCAAUAGCAUCAACAACACCUUUGGCAGCUUCAAACUUGGACGGCAUCUUGUCAUUCAUAUGGUGGGAAGCCUCAUCUGGUUUUGAGCGUGAAGUGACGUUAAAGCAGCUCUGCCGAUUACAGCCGGAACUUGUGAUUCCCAAAUCUCCGUGCGAACCAAGAACCCAGGCUUUCAGACCGGUGAGCUGCAGGGUACGAAGCUAG